AAAAGAAAUCAAUAAAACCAAAACAAACUGAACCGGCGGGUGACUGUUUUUAGGGCGUAUCAUGAACACAUUGGCGGACGCUUUUGGCCGGGUCAAGCCGUUGUUUGAGACGGUGUUGCGCAACCCCAAUGUGGCGGACAUCCGGCGGCUGAAUGAGAUGCUGAACGAGAUCGAUGGGCCCAGCAUGCAGAUACUGCAAAGCGUGCUGAUGCAUAAGUUGGUGAUUCUAGUGGAUAAAGUAUCCGGCGGGAAUAAAAACGAAAUCAAGACCUGCCUGCUAGAGUGUCUUUGUAGCAUUAUGGUGAAGUGUAAGUUGCGCCAAGCUGCGGCUAUGAAGACAACGUUGGUUGUGCUGUUAAAGCAAAUUUACGAUGUAAGUGAGGGAGGCCUGGUGGACGGGCUUUCUGAGGAAAUCAAAUUGGCCACAUUGAAGGCCCUUACACUGACGUCGAAGAACAUCGUGUCGGAACUGGUGGAAGAGGUUUAUGUUAAAGAGAAUCUAAACCUGCUUUCGCAGGUUUUGUUUGUGUGCGUUACAAUACUAGCAACCGAGCGCUACCGGAAACUACGUAUUCAAUCCAUCGAGUGUAUAAUGGCGACCAUGCAAAUUCACGAUGAUUUCGACGUGGCAGAUUCUGUGCUCCGGCAUCAGGUAGCGGAGUUGCUUUUCAUUGUACUUCCGAAGCUGCUCGUCGCUUUAGUGAUGGUUGUUACUGGGGAUGAAAAACAAGGUGCUACGGUUAUUCGGACAGGAGUGAAAGCUCUGGGUAGAAUUUUGCUGCUGGUUUUCGAAGACUACGAUAAAGGACAGUGGGAGCAACAGGGAACGACGGAAGAUUUUGUGAAGCUCUCGAGAGAGGUUAAAAGUUCCACCGAAAGCCAGCAGAAUGUACUUGGAAUGGGGUUAAAGGAUCCGAAGGCUAGAGAGGAGUAUUUUAGUAGUACGACGCGGAGUCGACUCUGGCUUCUGGAGGCGGACAAGCAAGUGCACAAAGUGUUACAAACACUAGCUUAUCUACGAGGUGUGGAGGAAAAUACGGUACGAUUAGAGUUUGCACGAAUGAACGCUGAAUUGCUGGAUAAAUGUUUACCAAAUAUGCCAACAUGCUCGGUACCCUUUUUGGAGACAUUAUUAGCUCUAAGACAGGAUAGUUCCGAUCGGAUUCAAGCAAUCUGUCGAACUGCCUUAGAAUCACGCUUGGAUCAGCGGAGUCUUGCUUUUGGUUCGUUUAGGUUAGAUGAACUCUUCUACGAAGCGUUAAAACCUGUAGCACGAAGUGUCUAUCGAGCUGAGGAGACAGACCAGAUAGCUAAUUUCCAGCUAAUCGAGGGCUACAUACAUUUUUUGUCCGAUUCCCAGCUGAAUGUUAUCUUGUCUAACCAGGAAAUUCUUAAUCAGCUUGUGGUCGUGUUUGUAGCGGGCGCUGAGUUAGAUCAACCAGACGAACUUGUUCGUCGCGAGUACGUGUGCUAUCGCUUCGAGUACGCCCCCGGUGGCGAUAAAUUGAGCCGGGAAAAACGAGAAUCCCGAUGGAUAAUAUUGCGCAACUUUCAAGGAACGAAUCGAAGCGGGGAAAGUUUUCUGAGAAUGGUCCACGGUCUGGCGAACCAUCCGGAAAGCCUUUGCACGGUGCUUAACUACAUUCUGGAGGAUCUUUUCACCACCAAGCUAAAUAACAACGGCUAUCUGUUUCUGUUGUCCGAGUUGAUUCCUUCAGAAGUGAGCAACUCCUUUCUUUCGAGUGGAUUCCGGAAUGUGUUUAUGGAAAUCUUACAAAGUUACCAUUGGCAGUUGGAACUAGACGAUACGGCGCACGUGUCAGAUCUCAAAUUCAACGUGCUACACAUCUGUCUCGCGCUUCGGCUGGUUGCUCGUUUUUGCCAUCUUUUUCGAGAAGGCUUUGCCUGCUGGCAGUUGUACGAUGUGCUUCGCAAUGUUCUUCCUUUCUCGGGCAGCAGUCUAAAUUGUCUGGCGGAAGCGGCGGAAAUAGCACUGGACAGUAUCGCUAACAGUCUCGGGUUCGAUUCAAUUCAUGCGCUGAUUUCAGAUAAUUUGGACUAUAUUUCUCAGCACAUUGGCCGGUGUCUAAAGCGACCGGCGACAUUCGCGGCGGGAGUUCAGAUGCUCGAAUCUGUUCUGCGUUUUGUUCCGUAUGACUCGUCAGUCGUGCUGGAAUCCACUGUCAGUCCAAUCGUGAUGACUAUUUUGGAUAAUCAUGAUCAGCGAGUUGGGACCGGCAGGAUACUCUGCCUGCGAGUGCUUCAAAUCUUCAUCCGCGCUAUUCGUUUUCGCUACGCACCUUCUACGCUCGAGGAGGAUGUCCAGCGACAGCAAGUUGAUGAUCGACAAAAGUUGGCUAAGAAAUUAGCCCAGCUAACGGAAGAGGUAGAGAACAAGCUCCCUGCACAAGAGACUGGCGCUACGUUGGAGGAACUCAGCGAGGAUGAGGGUGAAGAGAAAUGUGAACCAAUUGAGGACGAAACGGAAGGUCCUUAUCAAAGCGAUGAAGAUAAACUCCCAGCGCACGUUCGGAUAACGCUUAAAAUUCUAACGGUUUGCUUCAAGUACCUGUCAUCGACUGUUGCAAAUGAGAGGAUCAUCGCUCUCGGGACGCUAGACGAGGGCGUUCGGUUGCUGAGAGACUAUGAAAAUCAGCUACUCCCUCUGGUGCAUCAAAUUUGGUUUAACUUUGCGGAACGGUUCGCCGAUUCCAGCGUGGUCGUGAUUGGGCGAGCUUUCGAUUUGCUAGUUACUCUGGCGCAGUUGGCAAAAGAUUUCAUCCGUAAACGGACACUAGAUGAUGUUCUGCCUCGGUUGGUAGUUUUCAUGCGCGAAUCACUUUCUGCGGACAGCAGUGCUCUCCAGGCGUUCAAACUGCAGCGAAAAAUUCUUACCUACACACCAGAGCUGGUAAUCUGGCUACGGUUGAACGAACGCCAGCUUGAUCAGGUGCUGGAAGUGGUUAAACUGUAUCUGCACCGUCGUCACCCGGACCAACGACGGGAGUUGCAAUCGUUGGCUAGGACAUGUUGCGAACGCUUAGCCACCAGCUAUGACCCGGGAGCUGUUUUUAUUAAACUAAGUUGCGAUGCUAGGCGUCCCCAAUAGAAAGAAAAAAUAUGCUGUAAAAAGUUUUAUUCUUAUCCCUUGUAAUUCAUAUAAAAAGUUAGUAUUAACGGAAUUGUAGAUAUUAGUAAUAAUUUAAAUAGAGAACAAUAGAUUAUUUCAGAAAUAACAAAUUUUAAAUGCUUUUCGGCGAUUUCUAAUCAUAUCUACAGCUAGCUCUGGAACUGGCAAGUACCUAACCACUAAUGCAAGCACAUUACGCUUUGAGAAGAAGAGAUAAAAGCUUUCUUAGAAGUGUAAGAGAACGGAUGCUGUUUGAAAAUU